AUGACGACCCUAGAAUGGUUCGGUGCCGCGACAUACAGGCUGCGCACCAAUGGCCUAACAAUCUUCCUGGAUGCCUGGCUCGACAAGCCAGCGGGAAUGCCGCAAUUCCUGCGUACUGAUGAGGUCGAAGAAGCGGAUUAUAUCUUCAUCUCUCACGCACAUUUCGAUCACUUGCCAGGUGCCGAUAGAAUUGCUUUGCGUACGGGCGCUGUUGUCAUAGCCAACGGAGAAGCCAUCAACUGCCUUCGAAGCGCUGGUGUCCCAGAGGAACAACUGAUGCCAGUGCAGGGCGGAGAACGAAUUCCUCUUUUCACCAAAGAAAUUAGGGACAAGGCGCGCAAGGGGGAGGUUGAAUGCUCGCCCACAAUGCCAGGGCAACCAGCCAUGCCCGCAGUGUCCUUGUCCGCCCUGCACGUCCACGCGUGGCCCGCGUUGCACUGCUUGAUGCCGGGUAUCUCUCAUGAUGCCAUGCCAGAUGUUCUCGACACCGGGACGGAAUUCACAGGUGAUGCUGGUCUUUACGGUUGCACCCUGGAUAUCACAUUUGGAAUGAAGUUUGGCCUACUCCGAAUCGCUGAUCUUGUGCCAAAGGAACAUCAGGAUGAUGGGAUCAAGUCGAUGGGUGCAUACUUCAACGACAAGAAGAACAACAUUUUCUCGCACUUUGACGGCGGACAAAUGGCUUUCAACUUCCUUAUUGGCCAAGAUCAAACACUCCUUUGGAGCGCUCAUCUUGGUGCCUUUGAAGGCAUUUGGCGGGACUUGGAGCCGAAGCCCAAUGUUGCGAUAUUAGGAAUCGCAGGCCGGGGGAACUACAACGGUCGGCCCUUUAACGGAUCGGCUGCCCAGUUUGCGACAAUGCAAGCAAAGUGGCUUGGAGAGCCCCAGACUAUCAUCUGGACCUUGCAAGAUCAAGCGCUCCUAAAGCCCUACUCUAUCGACACUGCUGCCGCUACGACCAUGGUGGAGAAGGAGACGGCUUCGAGGGUUAUGGAGCUUGAACACGCCACUGUUACUCAGAUCUUUAAGCAGAAGGUGAAGAUGCUCGAGUUUAUCCCCGUUUGUUAG